CCCACCGCAGUAUAAAGAAGCCGGCCUCCUCCACCGGCGAGAGCUCCACGUCUCCAACCAAACCGAUAUCCACUGUGUCGUCCGCCAUUGACGCCUCGGUGUAGGUAGUGUGAGGAGUUGAGAGGUAACGUGAUGAGUAGGGGGAGGAGCAGGGUGAGCCUGAGCUGGCUGUGGAGGGCGCCGGCGAGGGCGCUGGGGAGGGCGCGGGACAUGUACGUGAGGGGGAUGACGGGGUGCGCGCGGUGCGUGCCGGCGGACGCCGCGUUCGGGUACCCGGUGUUCGUGCCGUCCGGGUCGAUGAGGAGCAACAGCUUCGGGUCGGAGCGGGGCGGCGGCGGCGGCGCGGCGGCCGACGACGACCUCCGGGAGCUGAUUCGCGCCGCGUCGCAGAGGCGCGCCGCCGAGCAGGCCGCGCGGGAGGCGCAGGCCGUGGCCAGGAGCCAGAGCAUGGUGGGCCUCUCCAUGGCGCGGAUCGACGAGGACGCGCCGUGCGAGGAGUUCGGCGGCGCCGCCGUGAUGCUGUACCCCAGGAGCCAGAGUUGCAUCGGCGGCGUCGGCGGCCGCGCCGGCGGCGGGAGGGUUGCGCACACGCAGAGGAAAGUGGCGGCGGCGGCGGCCUUGGCCUGAGCCGACGUCGCUGCUCUGCUCGAUCUCGUGCUUGCCACCGUGUCAUCGCCAUUGAUCGUCCCUGCUGGUCUAGCUAGCCCUUCAAGAUUUGGGAUUCUUGCGUUUGUAGAUAUGAUUUUUGUGAAUCGUGAUUGCUCGUCUUGCAUCUGGCCAAGGGGCAAAUGCAACAACCUGGAUAUUUUUAUUACGAUUUUGGAUGAACUUUGUUACGCAAAAGUUAGCUGAAUUUGGUUUCUUUCUCCUUUGGCACAUGGUUUAAUAAUUCACCUUGUCGCGUAUGCAUUCAUCCAGCCAACACCGCCACGUAUGCAUGCACCGGUUCGUUACACAAAAGAAAACUGUCACGAGCACGGUAUGGCAACGUCUGAAUUGAAUGCAGUGCUAACUGCAGCUUGCCAAAACUU